AUGGAGUCAGAAUCAAAUGAAAAAUCAUCAAAGAGCUCAGCGUCAAAUAGAAAUAUUAUUUAUAGAGAUUGCGUUGUGAAUAGUGAUGGUAUCUGGGUUUGUACUUUUCCAAAAGCUAGCACUACUUGGAAGCAAGAUAUGAUCUGGAACAUUGUUAAUGAUUUGGAUUUUAAAAAGAAAACACUCAGAUUUAUCAAAACUCACUUACCUUUCCAACUUUUAUCUCGACAGUUGCGCGAGGGAAAGAGGAAAUGUAAAAUGAUAUAUGUGUCAAAAAACGUGAAUGAUACAUGCAUUUCUUACUAUCAAUUCGCAAAAUUGAUGUCUGAAGAUUUUAAUAUUCCAUGUGAAGAUUAUUGCGAAUCAUUUCUAGAAAACAAAAGAUACUUGUUGAUAAUUCAGUUAGAGUUGUUAAAUGAUCUUCAAUCAGUAAUAAAGAAAGUUACAAUUUUUCUUGGAAAUACAUUAAGCGAUGAGCAAGUAGAACCUUUAGCAAGUCAUUUAAGCUUCUCCAACGUGAAGGGCAAUUCAGCAGUCAACUAUGAACUGCAUACUGCAAAGGUGCAAUCUGGAAAUGAGAAACUUGGUCGAGGUAGUGCAGUUAGUGGAAAAUUCAUGAGAUCAGGGGAAGUCGGUCAGUGGAAAACCGCGAUGACUGAAGAGUAG